AUGUUCGCUGUCCCAGGAUGGUCGCUUUCGAGCGAUGCUCUGAAGCCCCAGACUCAGGCCGCCAAGCCUCAGAAUGAGUCCGAACAGAAGGAUACCAAGCUUAAUGCGAAGAACAACAAGCGCAAGCGCGGCAAUGGCGCUGUCAACUCAGGCAAUGUAGAUGAGAUGUACCGCCGGCAUAUCGAGGGCCAGACCGGAGGCCCUGCAAAAGGUGGAAAGGGUGCGAACACUCCCGUGAAGCCAGAGCAGAAGCAAAAGCAGAAGAAGGAAAAGAAAGAGAAGCAGGCACCCGAGGCCACACCCGAGAAGCCUGCCAGCGAAGCUGUCGCCCCAAGCGCCGAGGCAGACCAAGGCGACGAAAAGGCACCCAAGAAGAAGCAGAAGAGAAACAAGAAAAAGAAGGACAAGGACGCCGACGCCUCGAAGCAAACAGACGAUGCAGCUCCCUCAACUGAAGCAGCUCCCGCUCCUGCUCCCGCUGCGCCAGCACCACCACCAGCAUCAAACCUGACACCCCUCCAGCAGGCGAUGCGACAGAAGCUGAUCUCCUCCCGGUUCCGCCACCUGAACGAAACACUCUACACCACACCGUCCGCGAAAGCGCUUGACAUGUUCAAUGCCAACCCGGAGCUCUUCGAUGAGUACCACGCCGGAUUCUCAAGACAGGUGAAGGAAUCCUGGCCCUCCAACCCGGUCGACGGCUACAUCAAGACCAUCCGCCACCGCGGUGCGAUCCCCCUCCCGAAGCGAGGCAAGCCCCUCAACCCAGCAAAGGGAUACCCACUCCCGCGCCGCCCGAAUGGAUCAUGUACCUUCGCCGACCUGGGCUGUGGUGAUGCGGCGCUGUCGCGUGCCCUGACUCCUUCCGCGAAGAAACUGAACAUCAAGCUUAACAGCUACGAUCUGCAAGCUCCCGAUGCGCUGAUCACCAAGGCUGAUAUCUCCAAUCUCCCAUUGGAGGAUGGUUCAGUGGACGUGGCUAUCUUCUGUCUCAGUCUGAUGGGCACCAACUGGGUCUCGUUCGUUGAAGAGGCAUGGCGUGUUCUGCGCGGCGACGGCAAGGGCGAGUGCUGGGUUAGUGAGGUGAAGAGUCGAUUUGGCAAGGUGACGCGCAAGAAGUCGCAGAUCGGCGCCCAGAGGCCCGGUAGCAAGACUGACAAGAAGAAGCCCAAGAAGAAGGGUGGCAAGGACGAUGCUGAUUCUGACUUGGAUGAGGCGGAGAUCUUUGCUGAGGAUGCGCGUCCCUCUGAUAACGGUGAUGAGACUGAUAUCUCUGCCUUUGUGGAGGUGUUCCGCUCUCGUGGCUUCAUGCUUCGUCAGGAGUCUGUCGACAAGUCUAAUAAGAUGUUUGUGCGCAUGGAGUUUGUCAAGCAGGGUGGUGCGCCUACGAAGGGCAAACACGCUUCGGCUUUGAGUGCGCCUGCGGCUCCUGGUAAGAAGCGCUUUGUCGACCGCAAGCCUGAGUCUGAGUCUGGUAUGACUGCUGAGCAGGAGGCUCAGGUGUUGAAGCCUUGUGUGUAUAAGAUCCGCUAG